AUGCCUCCCAAAAGCCGCGAAGCCACUCGCCAAUCCUCUCAACAAUCCACACUCUCCUUCCACGGCAAAGAUCGCAGCAAGGUCACCAAACCAGCCUCACCACGCAAUGCGAAGGCUUCCAAGAAAGAUCCCGCCCUCUUCGAAGAUAUCUCGCACACCGAUGUCAAGACAGAAACAGACCCCGACGUUGAUGAACCUACGACUGCAGAGGAAGUGAUCAAGGAGCAAGCAGAUGAAUCUGUCAAAGACCCGAUAUCAACAAAUGCCGCAAUCAAGACAGAAGACGUCCUAGGAGGCCGCGCAGCAGAAUCAGAGGUCGGCGCAACAGGUGGCGCAUUAGGAGCGGGCUGGGAAGGCAAUCAGGAAGCAGAGGCGAGGAAGAUCACAGAAACGCAGAUCAAGAGGUACUGGCGAGCGAAGGAUCAGGAGCGGAAAGCGCCGAGAGUACAUCAGGAAGAUCUUACUGUGCAUGAGAAGAUCUUGAGAGAGUGGGAUAUGAGUGGACAGUAUGGCCCAUGUAUCGGCAUAGCACGACUGAAGCGCUGGAAGCGGGCGAAUAUGCUGGGGCUGAAGCCACCGAUGGAAGUGCUAUCGGUGCUGUUGAAGAAUAUGGACGAUGGAAAUGCGAAGUCGCAGAGGGCGCAUGUGGAUGAGUUGAUGAGCUCGCGGUUUGUGGAGACGUGA